AUGGUUGAUGGAAGAAGAAAAUGCAAUCUGGAUAUUCAAAAUGUGAUUGGUAUCUCAAACUCUAAUAAAAAUCUUAUUCCUGUUGGAGUGCUAUACUUUUUUGACCUACCUAUUGAGCAAUUCGAUUUGAAAGGAGAUGUAGCUCGAAUACUUCGAUCUAACAAUGAAGCUACAGAUGACGAUGGCUGGAUGUGGCUCAAUUUAGACCUUUUGGUACAUAGAGUAAAAGGCAAGGUUAGUGAAUUUGUUGACGAGCUUCAUUUCUUAAUAAAGUUUAGAUAUAUCGUGGGUACCUACAAGCUCAUGAAACUUUUUCUCCUUGAUAAUAAGUGGGUGGUAAUUGCGGUGGUUAGGAUUUACUCAAUUCCUUCAGAUGUUUCUGGCUCAAGAUAUUUUAAGCAAUGGAGGGGAUCAUUUCCCAAAAAUUUUGAAAUUGAAAAAAAAUAUAGAUCUUGCUGGUUCAAUUUAAUUGCAAAAUUAGAUUUCUCUGAUGAUAGUUGGCAUGCCAGACGAGCUAACUCUACCUUUUUUGAGUUUUGUCACAAUUUGAAAGCUGUUUUACCUUUCUUCUCCACCAAAUACUACAAAUUCAGCGAAAUUUCGACCAAUGAGUUAAAUUAUCAUAUUGAUAGAUGGACAAAAAAUGAACCUUUCACGUUCUAUCCGAAAAAAAUAGAUGAAGGCAUAGAAGCCCUCAGUUCAAAAAUCCAAAACAUAUAUAGCGCUAUAAAACCACCAGAUGUAUCACAUUCUUUGACUCAAUCAAGAAGUGUGGAUCCAUUGAUACCUUCUGCUAAUGAUGUCAUUGGCCAGCUAGUACAAAAGAAAAGCAAUGCACGAAUACCUGGCUUAAAGUCAGAAUUAUAUUCUUUUCAGGUGAUCUCGUUGGCUAAAAUGUUUGAGAAGGAAUCGUUCUUGGAGAAAAGUCUUUUACCGAACCUCAUUCAAUUGAAGUCCCCCUCAUAUUCUAAAAACUACUACUUCGAUGUUUUGUCUAGCAGGCUACUUGAAGAACCUGAGCUUUUCACUCUUCCUAGAGGUGGAAUUCUUGCAGAGAAUAUGGGUCUUGGUAAAACAAUAAUUUGUUUGAGCUUGGUCUGCCUAACUAAAUGUGAGGUGUCAAAUGUACCAGAUGAUUUGAUUCUCUUUUCUGAUCCAACAACUGUCAUUAAAGAGCAAGAAAAUGGAAUAUUUGUUGAAGGAUCAAGAAGAAAUAAAAUGUUGAAAUUGGCUGAACUUUGUCAACAUCAUAUAAAUCGAAAUUCAUUGCCGUGGAAAUAUUACACUGAUUAUUUACCUAGCUCAGUUAUAGCUAGACUAGCUAACUCUCCAGGCUUCUUCAGAGUCUCUUUGGAUAAUUUUGAGGAACUGUCAAAGUUUAGUUUAAGGACGAGAAAAGUUUCUUCAAGAGCCAAGGAAUUGAACAAAAAUUUACCACAAGAAAAUAGAAACUAUAGAACUCUUUAUCUAUGCAAUACGACUUUGAUAAUAGUCCCAGAUAACUUGUUUCAUCAAUGGAUCAAUGAGUUGAAAAAACAUGUCGAUCAAAGUUAUUUAAAUAAGCUUUUUGUUUCUAACCAAUUCAAGAAGACUCAUGUUAAAGACUUUUCUUGCUAUACGAGUGAAUUAAAUAGCAACCCAUUGGAUUUAAUUAAAUAUGACUUAAUUGUCAUAUCAAGCUCGCUACUUGCUAUGCAAUUUGAUAAACUUCACGAAAAUAGUCCACUUCUAAAGGUAUACUGGAAAAGACUAAUAAUAGAUGAAGGUCAUAGCAUUAGUUCCAAACGAUCUAGAAUUAGCUUGCUCUGCAAAAAUUUGUAUUCUGAACGGAGGUGGUCUGUCACAGGUACCCCUACAUCUGGACUAACUAAAUUGCAUAUGGAUGAAGAGCAGUCGGAACAACUCGUACCUGUGAGUCCUAAGAAACAAAAAAAAUAUAUUGUGCAGCAUAAAUUCAAUGGCAGGGAUGAUCUCGUCAAGCUAGGGACUAUCAUAAGCAAUUUUCUCAAAAUAGAGCCUUUUCAUUCUCAACAGAAAUUGUGGUCUAGUUCAGUCAUAAAUCCAUUAAUAUCUAAUGCUUACGGAUCCACUAUUGGUCUAACUAAUCUUCUUAACUCGAUAAUGAUUAGACAUAACCCAGGAGACAUUGAACAUGAUUUAACAUUGCCACGGUUACAUCAUGAGGCAGUUUUCUUGGAGCCAUCGUACCAUAACAAGCUCUCAAUUAAUUUGUUCACGGCUGUCUUGGCGGUAAAUGCUGUGUCUUCCGAACGUACAGACGUAGAUUAUAUGUUCCAUCCUUCUAAUCGACAACAAUUAAGGAGGUUAAUCACAAAUUUACAGAGAGCUACUUUUCACUGGACUGGGUUUAAGCAGCAAGAUGUUGAAACCUUAUUGCAUAUUUGUAAUUUUUGUUUGCAAAAAAGAAAAGCCACAGGCGCAUCUGUUUAUAGUGAUUAUGACAUUUCUUUGUUGAAAAAUUCAAUCGAGGCAUCCAAAAUGGCAUUAGGUAACCCGCAAUGGCGAACCGUCGCUUUAUUACAUGAAAUGCCUUAUUAUAUAUCUAAUUUACCCGAUGUUUUCACUAAAUCAUUUGGAAUUGGUGUCGUUGAGUCUACCAAUGACAGAGGAUACCAUGAUGAUAUAAGUGUCUUUGGUGCACCGCAUUUAAACGCUGUUCAAGAGUUUUUUUAUAAAAAUAGAUUUAUGGAUAUGAAUGAUGAGGAAAAAUUGAAGUUGAAGCUAGAUGUAGCAUCGAAACCGUUUUGGGAUUCUUAUUGGAAGUAUACCUUCAAAAAGAAUUUCGAAAAAUUCAAUAAGCAGGAUAAGAAUCAAGACUUCAGAUCAGAUGUGAAAAGUGAAGAUGUGUCGAAUGCAAUUCACAACCCAAGCGUACUCCUUCCCACUAAUGACAAGUUUUUAUUCUCAACCUCUAGGAAGAAUGUGAAAGAAAAAAACUUGGAGAAUCCGAAAGAUAAACUCACUAGUGAUCAAUAUGUUGGGCUUAGGUCUACUGAAGAUAUAGUGACAAAUCGUUCUUUAUCUUCUCAUAAUAUUUCAUUUGAUUCAAUCAAAAGGGCAAUUAUUCUAGGUACUGCUUCUGCAAAAUUAUCAUACUUAGGUAGCAGGUUACUUGAACAUCAAGAGACGAAUGUCAAAUCAAUUGUCUUUUUUGAAUUUGAAGAUAGCGCAUAUUAUUUGACAGAGUUACUUGAUGCUUUAGGAAUAAAUUAUAUUCUUUAUGCUACCUUCAUUAGCCCUAGCCAAAGAGCAAAUAAUCUAUCAGAAUACAGUAAUCAUCCUAAUGAAGAGGGGGGUCUCACUUUGGUCAUGGAUCUCCGAUUAGCUGCCCAUGGUCUCACAAUACUAGCUGCGACUAGAGUCUACUUCAUCAGUCCUGUAUGGCAGAGAUCUAUAGAAGCUCAGGCGAUAAAGAGAGCCCAUAGAAUUGGUCAAAAAAAUGAGAUCUUUGUAGAGACCUUGGUUUUGAAAGGCACUCUUGAAGAGGAAAUUUAUAAGAAACGAUCAUCCGGUAGUGAUUCCUUAAAAGGGGAGCAAAAAUAUGUUAUUGACGAUACUGGAAUGCAAGACUUUAUUCUUAAGCAUGAGUUUUUACGUCAUGAAAUUAAUGAGCCAGAGUAUGAGCCUUUUGUCGCGACAGCUUCAAAGAUAACUGAAGAUCUCAAAUCAGAAAAUAAUGAGCAUGACGAGUUUGGUCUUAUGAAGCAUUCGAGCUCCAUACUUGAUAACAAUACAAUCAAAAGGGAGUGGGAAGUGUAUUUAUUUAGCGAACAGAACUUAGCUAAAAUGAAUAGAGCCAAAAAUCAAAAGGUCUACAAAGAGUAUGCAAAAGAAGAAUUCAUUCGUGAUAUAGUCAGCUCCGGGCCAGAUAAAAAUACGAUUGAACCUAUGAAAAGACAUCAAGAAGACAAAUAUCGAGCAAAUGUUAAAAGAGUCAAAUUUUGA